GUCACACGCAGCCUCCCCUCCCUCCCCUCUGCCCCAGCCCUUAAAAAGCUUUAUACCGCCAACAAUCCCUUGGAACGGGAGAGGCGGGAGCAGGGACAGGCAGGCAGAGGAGAGGCAAAAGUAUCUCCGCAGCAGCGGAGGGUUUGGAGCAGAGCAGGGAAAUCAGGGAUACCCGGGGACAGGGGCGUGGGCAUCCUCAUCCUCAGUGCCACGUAAAUGUUCUCUCCUGUCAGGGAAGGAGGCAGGAGGCAGCGCGGGGACCCGAGGACGAGCCCAGCUCGCCGGUGAUGGCAUGGACCGGCCGCUGCUCCAGCCGUGCUUCCCACGCCCCGCUCCCGCCCGGCUGCCCCCGAGGGCGCGACACUGAUGCGGAGCCGCUCGUAGCGACCCAGCCAUGGCUGGAGAUUCCAGGAUCUUCAUGAACCAGGACAUGGACAUCGGGGUGACCUCCAGGGAGCCCAAGAAGAUUCCCAAGCAGGCUCGGGACGAUGUCCCCAUCGCCACCGACCGGACGCGCCUCAUCUCGGCCGAGGGGAAGAAACCCCGGCAGCGGUACAUGGAGAAGAGCGGCAAGUGCAACGUCCACCACGGCAACGUGCAGGAGACCUACCGCUACCUCAGCGACCUCUUCACCACGCUCGUGGACCUCAAGUGGCGUUUCAACCUCCUGGUCUUCACCAUGGUCUACACCAUCACCUGGUUGUUCUUUGGGUUCAUAUGGUGGCUCAUCGCCUACAUCCGGGGAGACCUGGACCACCUGGAAGACGAGAACUGGAUCCCCUGCGUGGAAAACCUCAGCGGGUUUGUGUCCGCGUUUCUGUUCUCCAUCGAGACGGAGACGACGAUCGGUUACGGCUACAGGGUGAUCACGGAGAAGUGCCCCGAGGGCAUCGUGCUGCUCCUCAUCCAGGCCAUCCUGGGCUCCAUCGUCAACGCCUUCAUGGUGGGCUGCAUGUUUGUCAAGAUCAGCCAACCAAAGAAAAGGGCUGAAACCCUCAUGUUUUCCAACAAUGCCGUGAUCUCCAUGAGGGACGAGAAGCUCUGUCUCAUGUUCCGGGUUGGAGACCUCCGCAAUUCCCACAUUGUCGAGGCUUCCAUUAGAGCCAAACUGAUUAAGUCCAAACAGACCAAAGAAGGAGAGUUUAUUCCCCUGAACCAAACGGACAUCAACGUGGGAUUUGACACUGGAGACGACAGGUUGUUCCUGGUGUCACCUCUGAUCAUCUCACACGAAAUCAAUGAGAAAAGCCCCUUCUGGGAGAUGUCUCGUACCCAGCUGGAGAAGGAGGAGUUCGAAAUUGUGGUCAUCCUGGAAGGAAUGGUGGAAGCAACAGGGAUGACUUGCCAGGCUCGCAGCUCCUACAUGGACACCGAGGUGCUGUGGGGACACCGCUUCACCCCCGUGCUCACCCUGGAGAAGGACUUUUACGAGGUGGACUAUAACAGCUUCCACAGCACCUACGAGACCAACACCCCCGUGUGCUGUGCCAAGGAACUGGCCGAGUCCCGCCGGGAAGGGCAGCUCCUGGGCCACCUCUGCGGUGCCACCCUGCUCAGCGGGGGCAGGGAGGCAGAGACAGCCCGGGAGGAGGAGGAGGAGGAGGAGGAGGAGGAGGAGGAGGAGGAAGGCAGGGAGCCGGCAGGAUUGGAUGGAGCCAAUGGCACAACAGGAGAGAUGCCUGUAUAACACCCGACCCACCCACACCCACUGGGAGACUGGUGUGGAGAGCCGGGAACUGACCGGGAGCCAGAGACUGGGACUGGUGUCCUGAGCUCUGCUCCUGCCGCGCGAUCCUGGCGAGCCCAGCACAGCAGUGCCUCGGUUCCCUCCCUUUCCUCUGUACAGCGAGGCUUUGCUCUCCCCUGCAAAGCUCUCUGAUCCCUCUGGACGAGGCUCACUCCAUCUCACCGCCGGUAAAACUGAAAUUCCCACCACUGGUUGUUUCAAAAGGUGUUUGUUGGACAUUCAGAACUCUUCUCCUUCCCGGGGGGGGGGGGGGUUCAAAAAGUCCAGAAUGGCCCAUCUCAGUAUGAAGAAUGUGAUUUCAUACCUUCACUUAAUUUGUGAGUCAAUGUAUUGUAGACAUUGUUACAGCUAAAUUAAAAAAAAAAAAAAAGGAAAAAAAA